UCCAAUGAUCCAAUCAAUUCCCAGCCUACAUUUUUUCUUGUUCAAGAAGCUGUUUCACUUGGAUUGACAUCACAAUAGGGAAGAAAAGACUAUUACAACUUCAGUUUCGUGGCAAGGAUCUGAUGUAACAUUUUUGUUUUCACAUUUCACCCAAGUUUGUUUGCCACUAAGCAUUCAAAAAAGACGAUGAGUGCUGACUACUUAAACACACAGGAACAAAAUCAUUUAAAAUUUGACAGUUAAAGAGCAGAAAUGUUUGAUUGUAUUUAUGACGAUGUGAUCAAGACUAAGUCUGAGGGAAUGAAGAAACAGUAGAGAGAGUGACGGUGGAAAUCUAUGAGAGUCAGGACAGAGAAAAACACACACCAACCACUUCAGCGUACAGGAACAAGGUACAAAAUUGUUUAAUGUUUGACGGUUGAAGAGCAGAAAUGUCUGACGGUAUUUAUGACAAUGUAAUCAAGACUGAGUCUGAAGGAAUGAAGACAGAGAGAGUGGAGAUGAUGGUGGAAAUCUACGAGAGUGUAGAUUGUGUGGGAGAUCAUGACUUCAGGACAGAGACAAACAUACAACAACCACCUGAGUGUACAGAAAGUGACUCUGUGAGGAUCAGAAGCUCCAGAGCAGCUCUAGUGUGUUUGGUGCUGCUGUGUGUUCUUCUGCUGACUGCAGUCAUAGUGCUGUGUGUCUACAUCCAUUCAAACAGCAGCACAAACUACACAGAAGAGACACACCAGCUACUAACUAACAUCACCAACCUCAUAGAAGAGAGAGACCAGCUACUAAACAAGAUUACCAACCUCACCGAAGAGAGAGAUGGGCUAAUAAUAAAGAACAAAAACCUGAAUGAGAGAGACCGGCUAAGAAAUGAACUUCAGAUUUGUGCUGUAUGGACUUGCUAUCAAUCCAGUAUUUACUACAUAUCUAAUGAGACGAAGAACUGGACUGAGAGCAGAAGAUACUGUACAGACAGAGGAGCAGAUCUGAUCAUCAUAAACAACAGAGAGGAACAAGAUUUUGUUAAGAACAUAUCUGGUGCUGCUGUAGUCUGGAUUGGUCUGACUGACAGUGAUGUGGAGGGCACAUGGAAAUGGGUUGAUGGCAGCGCACUGACCUCUGGGUUCUGGGCAUCUGGAGAGCCUAAUGGAGGUACAAGAGAGAACUGUGUUGUGACUGUGGCUGUGCCUAAAUUCCCAGAGUGGCCUGGUUUAGUAGGAUGGCUGGAUGAAUCAUGUAAUCAAGCUUAUCAAUGGAUCUGUGAGAAAAAUAUUUCACAACUCAUGCUGCCAUAGGAACAUCACACAUCUUUUGAUGCAAGUUUAACAGUACAAAACUUUUGUAAUAAUUGACUGCACAACUGCACAUUUUGAAUGUCUCUUUUGUCAGACACUUAUUUUAUGUCCUGGAGUUUCUUGUAAUGAGCUGAUGAGUUGAAUUUGAUGUCUGUUUAAUUAGGGAGAUUAUAUAUAUAUCUAUAAAUUCUAAGUUCUAAAUUAUACCUGUAUUAUUAAUUAUUAUUUAUUACCUCCAGACCAACAAAAAACAACAACAACAAAAAAACAUAUACAUGUAUUUUAUAUAUAUAUAUAUAUAAGUGCCACAAAAUAAUAAACAUGUCUAAAUUUUGUCA